AUGCCGGACGGCCGGCAGUACCGCGAUGGCCGGCACACGGACGGCGCGCGGCAGAGUGGCAGCCGGCCGCUGGCGGGAAGGCGGGCGGUGCUUCGAGCGUGGUCGCUGGCGCUGCUGGCUGCCGCCGUGGCGAGCUUUGACUGGGUGCCGGGACCGGCGGGGAGUGAGGCGCGGGUGGCAGCGCGCGCGUGGGACGUGGGGGGGCUGUUCGGGGGAGGAUGGGAGGGCGAUAAGGACCCGGUCAACCCGUUCACACUCUAUGGCACCGUGCAGUGCGUGGUGGGGGUGGGUGGGGGGGAGUGGGGGGUGGGAAUGAGGGGGGAAGAGGGGAAGGGAGAAUGGGAAGCACAGGGCCCUCAUACCCCUCGUGACGCAUCCGCUGCUCGUGUCACCAUGGCAUGGGAUGGCAUAUUUGCGGCAUGGAAGAAGUACUACAUUGAGCGACUGGAGGGAGAGAAGGUGCUGUCCCGGGCAAAGGGGUUCACUGCCACAGCAUGUGUGGCUGCACUGGACAAUGCAGCAGAGACGCCUGAACUGCAAGCUCUCCCGAUUGGGGCCAAGGUGUCAGUGAUAGGCAACGCCGUGUGUCAAGGGCGAGGGGAGUGA